UCAGCUGCUAACCGAAAGGUUGGAGUCCACCCAGAGGUGCCUCAGAAGAAAGGCCUGAAAGAUAUACUUCGGAAAAGUCGCCCGUGGAAAACCAUGGAGCAGUUCUUCUCUGACACACGGCGGGGCACCAUGAGUCAGAACUGACUGGACGGCGACUGGCUGGUUGGUAGUUGCAGCUGGAAAACAAGCCCUUCUGGCUGCCUUACUCCUCAACAAACAGCCUCCACACCCAGGAAACUGACACCUGGUCACUGAAGGUGCACUGGAUGGAGCAGGGACAAGGUCCGUACAGGGCCUGUACACGAGGACUGGAGUCAGGGGACUUUAGUCCAGUGGCACCACUAGGGCUGGUGUCAGCCAGUGCAGCAGAACCCACCCCUCCAUCCAGAAUGGUCCCGCUCUGCCCCGCUCCCUGCUGCUCUGGGUAGCCCCUCCCCUCUGCCAUCUGCCAAGGCAGGACCUUCUUCUCCACCCAAUGGCAGGCACGGUGGCCAGGCCUCCUGUACCCUGACCGGCUGGUGGUGGGGGGAGGUAUGAGAAGGAGGUAAGGGUAAUGGGGGUGAUGAUGAGGUACCACACUGGUAACACCAACCCUAGAGACUGGUGGGUGAUGGGGGGAAGGGUAGGUAAUGAAGAGAUUGCACUGGGAGACAGGUGACACCAGCCCCAGUGAUGCCACUGCCUUCGUGGCCCCUCCCCCACCACCACUGGCCAGCCCACUGCCACUGCCGCUGCCACUGCCAUGGACCCUGGGGUCAUUUUGGUGUCAACCCCUCUGACAGCCCACACACCCACCCCCAUGCCCCCCAGUGACACCACUUCUUUAGUACCUAGCCCUGACUGUGUCACUAGUCUGUGACUUUGGACAAGUCACUUCCAGUCUCAUUUUGUUCAGUGGUAACAUAGGAACAACACACCCAGUUCCUAUAGCUGGUGGGAGGGUCAGUGGUGUCCAAACACCAGCCUGUGCAUGGUGGCAUCAGAAUCACCUGGGGACCCUCAACCACGGAAUCCAGGCCCUGCCCUGAGAGGCUCUGAUUCUGCAGAGCUGGAGUGGGACUCCGGAAUCUCUGUUUAUGUAAACUUCCCUGGGAGAUUCCAAUGUGCCACCAGGUCCAGGUGCCACUGUUGAGAUAGUGCUUAGCUGCUAAUGGAAGGGUUGGCUGUUUGAACUCAUCCAGUGACUCCACAGGAGAACGGCCUGGCAAUCUGCUCCUGUAUAAAGAUUACAGUGUGGAAAACCCUAUGAGGCAGCUCUACUCUGUCACAAGGUGUCGCCACGAGGGCACCUAACAACAACAUGCAAAGGUUAGGCAUUCAAAUUGCAGCUAUAGCGCUUGUUUCCUGGACUCAGUUUCCUCAAAGGGGCAUAGAUAGUUUGUAGUGGAAAAGGAAGGAGGGAAGAAAGGCGUGGGGGGCGGGGAGUAGAGAAGGAAAGAAUGAUGAAGGAAGGGAACCCACCUUGAAUUCUAAUAGCAAAAGGGCUGAAUUGGGGCCCUGGUAGCGCAGUGGUCAAACAUUUGGCCGCUAACCAAAAGGUCAGCAGUUCACAUCCUCCAGCCACUCCUUGGAGACCCUGUCGGGCAGUUCUACUCUGUUCUAUAGGGUCGUUAUGAGUUGGAAUUGACUCAGUGGCAACAGGUUUGGUUUUUGGUAUCCUCACUAUGGAAAAUUAAGUACCUAUUACAAACAGUGAGUUAAAUCUAUGUCUACUGACCUGGAGGAACAUCCAUAAAAUAAUGAGAAAGGCAAACUCCAGAUUAAUUUAGUAUCAUUUUUUUAUUAAAAUCCUCCCAUACAUGUAAAUACACAUUUGUGUGAAUGGGGCAAAAGGAGUGGAGGGCUCUGUUCCAGUUGUUCACGUUGAGAGGUGGGACUGGAGAGGAGUGGGCGGGAGAUGAGGGAGAUGGUGCACUUCGGUUUAAUAAGAAUAACAGCAAGCAGACCCUACGCACCAGGCACCGUUUGAAUUCACUACCACUGCCUCCGUUUUCCAAUCGUUAGAACAGGGCAUGUUUGGUAAAGUACAGGGUCAGUGAAAAUGAGGGAGAUACUCCAUGAGGUGGAUUAACACGAUAGCCACAACAAUGGACUCAAACAUAUAUAUGAACGAUCAUGAAGGUGGCACGGGACCUGGAACUGUUUUGUGCUGUUAUACAUAGCUCACCAUGAAUUGGAGCUGAUUCAAAGGCAACUAACAACGACAAUCUCCAUUUUACAGAUGAAGAAACAAACACCAAGAGUUCACAGUAACUUGUUCAAGGUCGCAUAACUCGAAGGGGCCAGAGUUGACAUAUGAACCUGUAAUUAAAGAUCUUAGUACUAUUUAAGGAGGUAAUACAAUAAAGUGGUUGUGGGAAGGGUUGGUGGGUAAAGAAGCAUUUCUAAUUCAUAAGGAUUUCCAGGCACAAAACCAGCUCCAAGAGGGCAUCGUUCAGUUACAUAGAUUUCCACGGACCCCAGAGAAGUCAUGGUUCUGAGGCUAGUCCUAGAAGCACUCAGGUUGUGUGUGGGUAGGGCCCCAGAAUGAGUUCUCUAAAUCUUGGGGCCAAAGAAACUCUGCCUCUCGGUGCUGGCUGGGUCUCUGACACAGCUUGGGGCAGAUCCUGUUAGCAGGGGCGUGCUCACGCAUCCUUUCUGACAAAUGGGCAAGAUAAGGCAGCCCCCCAAGAUGCACAGGAGAUGGCAGGACCGGGUUGACAGGCUCAGCCCAGACACUGGCCGCUUGGUCACACCUCUUCAAGCUUUGGAUUUGACUUUUUCUUCAGUUUGUCAGCAACAGGCAGGGGCAGACACAAAGCUGUCACUCAACAGUUUGUAAAGCUUAGGCUGUGGCAGUGGCAAGCACAGAGGCAAGAGGUUGGAAGAAUGGGGUUCUAAUUCUGGGUUUGAACACCAAUGCAUUUUCGCAUUUUUAGCUGAUCUCUCUGCGCUUUAUCCCUAUUUGCAUAAUUCUUCAUGGGUUUUUUUUUUUUUGGCUGUAAUGUUUAAGGAGGCAGAUCUCCAGGUCUUUCCUCUCCAGUGCUUCAGGGUGGGUUCAAAUUGCCAGCCUUUUGGUUAGUGUUCUUGUUGUUGGGUGCCGUUGAGUGGAUUUCGUCAAUUCUGACUCAUAAUGACCCCAUGUGAGUAGAGUACAACUGUUCCAUAGGGCUUUCUAGGCUGUAAUAUUUAUGGGAACAGAUCGCCAGGUCUUUCUUUCAUAGAGCGGCUGGAUGGGUUCUAAUGGCCAACCUGUUAGCAGCCAAGCCCUCAGCCAUUGUGUCACCUGGGCUCCUUUUUGGUUAAUAGCUGAGGGCAAACUUUGCCACCCAGGGACCUUAUGUGUACAAGGAGGGAGUUGAGAUACAGCAGAGGUCACAGCUCACAAGCCUUUGGGGGCCAGACCUAUAACCUGUGGCAGUUGAGUCGAUUCCGAUUCAUUUUGACCCUAUAAGACAGACAAGAAUUGCCUCAUUGGGUUUCCAAGGCUGGUAAUCUUUCUGGAAGCAGACUGCCGCAUCUCCCUGCUGAUUGGCUGGUGGGUUCGAACUGCCAGCCUUUUGGUUAGCAGUCAAGUGUUUAAACCACUAUGUCACCAGGGCUCCUUAGGGGCCAGAUAGGAAAACUUAAGGGGAGAAUUAGGCUGGGUGGGGACUGGGUGAAUUGGAGAACCCAUGUUCAUCUAAAGGGUAGGAGCCACUCAGUUCCAGCUCAUGUUGUUACUUGAGAAUGCAAGCCCAGGUGUUGCCCAAAUCUUCCAAUUUUUCAAGUUAGGUUGGAAAUCACGUUGUGAAUUUUCUCAAAUGUUAAACAACAUCAAAUAAUUUAAGAAUCUUCAGCUUUUGGAGGCAGCGUGUUAGGGUGGAAAGCACACGAAGCAGGGAUGCAGGCGACUGCGUUCCAAUGCUGCCUCUCCCAUCCACCGGCCACAGGGCCGUGGGCUCCUCAGAACCACAGAGCGCUGGAUCGCACUCUGGCAAGGGUUCGCCUCUCUGGGCCUGAGUCUGUCAUUACAAAAUGGGGCAAUUUGACCCUCUAAUUUCUAAGCUACUUCUUUCACCCCACGGUUCCGAAAGGGGUCAUUUUCUUGUUGUUGCAUGCCAUUAAGUUGAUUCCCACUCAUAGUGACCCCAUGUGACAGAGAAGAACUGCCCUAUAUGGUUUUCUUAGCUAUAAUCUUUACAGGAGCGGGUCGCCAGACCUUUCUCCCGCAGUGCCACUUGGGUGGGUUACAGCCGCCAAAUUUUCAGUUAGCAGUUCAGUGAUUUACCAUUGUGCCACCAGGGCUUUUUAAAAAUCUCAGGAAAAGUACACGAAACAGCUUUCAGCACUUCUACCGGCAGCCCGCACUCAUCCCCUGCCCUGAAAACUGGCCCCUCCGCCAUCUUUGCACCCGCCCCACCCGCGCUGCCACCACUACCGCGGCCUCUUCCUUCCGAGUCAGAAGUUUCGCGCCAAAUCAAUUGCUCCUCCCACAGAAAAUGGAGCCCGGAAGAAGGCUGGAACUGACGUCAUAUGCCCCACAGCCAAUCCUCUCCGGCGGGAGGCGGGGCUGGGUGGUCCGGGGUUUGAUCACGGGUCACACAGUGGCCCAAUCGCUGGCCGCAGGGCGCCGGCGAACCAAUAAGGACUCAGCGGCCGCGGCGUCUGAGCGCGCCGUCCCGCUUUUCCCGCGAAACCCGGCCGGGAGCAAGGAGGUUCCUGUCUCCCGGAGCCCGUGGAGCUCGGGGAGGGAGAGGUGCAGUCAUGUCGGGCUUCGACGACCCUGGCAUUUUCUACAGCGACAGCUUCGGGGGGGACCCCGGGGCCGAUGAGGGGCAGGCCCGCAAGUCUCAGCUCCAGAAGCGCUUCAGGGAGUUCCUGCGACAGUACCGAGUGGGCACCGACCGCACCGGCCUCACCUUCAAAUACAGGGAUGAGCUCAAGCGGCAUUACAACCUGGGCGAGUACUGGAUUGAAGUGGAGAUGGAGGAUCUGGCCAGCUUUGAUGAGGACCUAGCUGACUACUUGUACAAGCAGCCAGCCGAGCACUUGCAACUGUUAGAGGAAGCUGCCAAGGAGGUGGCUGAUGAGGUGACCCGGCCCCGGCCCACCGGCGAGGAGGUGCUCCAGGACAUCCAGGUCAUGCUUAGGUCGGACGCCAGCCCGUUCAGCAUUCGCAGCCUGAAGUCGGACACGAUGUCGCACCUGGUGAAGAUCCCUGGCAUCGUCAUCGCGGCCUCUGCAGUCCGGGCCAAGGCCACCCGCAUCUCUAUCCAGUGCCGCAGCUGCCGCAACACCAUCACCAACAUCGCCAUGCGGCCGGGCCUGGAGGGCUACGCCCUGCCCAGGAAGUGCAACACGGAUCAGGCUGGGCGCCCCAAGUGCCCUCUGGACCCCUACUUCAUCAUGCCCGACAAGUGCAAAUGUGUGGACUUCCAGACCCUGAAGCUGCAGGAGUUGCCUGAUGCGGUGCCCCACGGCGAGAUGCCCAGACACAUGCAGCUGUACUGUGACAGGUACCUGUGUGACAAGGUCGUCCCCGGGAACAGAGUCACCAUCAUGGGCAUCUACUCCAUCAAGAAGUUUGGCCUGACCUCCAGGAGGGGCUAUGAUAGGGUGGGCGUGGGCAUCCGGAGCUCCUACAUCCGGGUCCUGGGCAUCCAGGUGGAUACUGAUGGCUCUGGCCGCAGCUUUGCGGGGGCUGUGACCCCACAGGAGGAGGAGGAGUUCCGCCGCCUGGCCUCCCUGCCCAACGUCUACGAUGUCAUCUCCAAAAGCAUUGCUCCCUCCAUCUUCGGGGGCAUGGACAUGAAGAAGGCCAUCGCCUGCCUGCUCUUUGGGGGCUCUCGAAAGAGGCUCCCUGACGGACUCACUCGCCGAGGAGACAUCAACCUGUUGAUGCUGGGGGACCCUGGGACGGCCAAGUCUCAGCUUCUGAAGUUUGUGGAGAAGUGUUCUCCCAUCGGGGUGUACACGUCUGGGAAAGGCAGCAGUGCAGCCGGCCUCACAGCCUCGGUGAUGAGGGAUCCCUCGUCCCGGAACUUCAUCAUGGAGGGCGGAGCCAUGGUCCUGGCUGACGGUGGGGUCGUCUGCAUUGAUGAGUUUGACAAGAUGCGAGAAGAUGACCGCGUGGCAAUCCACGAAGCCAUGGAGCAGCAGACCAUCUCCAUUGCCAAGGCCGGGAUCACCACCACCUUGAACUCCCGCUGCUCCGUCCUGGCUGCUGCCAACUCGGUGUUCGGCCGCUGGGAUGAGACGAAAGGGGAGGAUAAUAUCGACUUCAUGCCCACCAUCCUGUCCCGCUUUGACAUGAUCUUCAUCGUCAAGGACGAGCACAAUGAGGAGAGGGACAUGAUGCUGGCCAAACAUGUCAUCACUCUGCAUGUGAGCGCAUUGACACAGACACAGACCGUGGAAGGCGAGAUUGACCUGGCCACGCUGAAGAAGUUCAUCGCCUACUGCCGAGCGAGGUGUGGUCCCCGGCUGUCAGCAGAGGCCGCCGAGAAGCUGAAGAAUCGGUAUAUCAUCAUGCGGAGCGGAGCCCGUCAGCACGAGAGGGACAGCGACCGCCGUUCCAGCAUCCCCAUCACAGUGCGGCAGCUGGAGGCCAUUGUGCGCAUUGCCGAGGCCCUCAGCAAAAUGAAGCUGCAGCCCUUCGCCACCGAGGCAGACGUGGAAGAGGCCCUGAGGCUUUUUCAGGUGUCCACGCUGGAUGCUGCCUUGUCCGGCACCCUGUCAGGGGUGGAGGGCUUCACCAGCCAAGAGGACCAGGAGAUGCUGAGCCGCAUCGAGAAGCAGCUCAAGCGCCGCUUUGCCAUUGGCUCCCAGGUGUCGGAGCACAGCAUCAUCCAGGACUUCACCAAGCAGAAGUACCCGGAGCACGCCAUCCACAAGGUCCUGCAACUCAUGCUGCGGCGGGGCGAGAUCCAGCACCGUAUGCAGCGCAAGGUGCUCUACCGCCUCAAGUGAGCUGCCAGCACGGACGUCUCUGCCUCACGAACCCCUCUGCCUCGUGGACCCCUCUGCCUCGGGCCUCCUGUGCCGUGUCACCUCUCCCUGCUGGGCAUCCCUGCAGACUUCCCGCGUGCCCUCCUGUCUGCCCUGGGACAGAGGGACACCUGCCCUGGGGGAAGGAGCGGCCAUGUGUUGCCUCAUUGCCUCUGGGCCUCUGUCCCUGCAGCUCCGGGAAAUGUGGUUUUGGAGUUUACUGAAAUAAUAAAGCCGUGGGUGUAUUUGGACA